GAGAUCCUUCAGCGUACAAACGCACGAUGAGUGUGUGCGCCCGGGCCGGCGUCUUGGGAUCUGCCUUCUACUUCAUGCAUAAGAGUCGCGCGGUGUUCGCCGAAGCGAAACAGGACGUCGGCAGCAAACAGGGAGAGUACGACCUGAAACUGGUGCAGGUCAUAUUCCGACACGGAGCUCGGACGCCUCUCAAACCCAUUCCGCACAAGGAGCAGGUGGAAUGGUCCCCCGCGCUGUUGGAGACCCCCGUGCACACGCAGUUCGAUUACACCGUCACAGACCUGGCGGGGGGUCCGAGGCCUCAUUCUCCAUUCGAGGAACGCUACAGAUCUCACAAACUGAAGGGAGGAACGUUCCCGGGGCAGCUCACUGCGGUUGGGAUGCAGCAAAUGUUUGAUCUUGGAGCCCGACUCAGGAAAACCUACGUAGAAGAGAAGAGCUUUCUGUCUCCAGGAUUUAAAUCGUCGGAAGUCUUUGUCCGUUCCACGAAUAUUGUCCGGAAUCUGGAGUCGACCCGUUGUCUGUUGGCAGGCCUGUUCCAGCAGCAGCAGGAAGGACCGGUGACUGUCGUUACUUCCGAGUCCAGCACGGAAAUUCUUUAUCCCAACUACCAAGGGUGCCAAGAACUGAAACACCUGACCAGUAACAAGAUGUCUCUUGCGUCAUCACAACCUGGGAUGUCAGACGACCUAAAGAAGAUCCAGGAAGGGAUGAACAUCGACGACGAAAAGGACGCCGGCUUCUUCCUACUUCUUGAUAAUCUGCUGGCACAAGAGGUUCACGGGUUUCCGUGCUCGCUCGAGGACAAGCCUCAUCUCCAGAGAGCGGAGAGCAGAGUCAUUGACAUUGUGUCUUAUGUAAUGGGGCCUCAAAACCUGGAAGUUCUCCGGUUGAGCGUGGGGCCUUUUCUACACGCUCUGCAAAGCAACAUCCUGGAUGUCGUGAACUCCGGUGCCGAGGACGCACAGCGCAGGAAGCUGUAUCUCUACGCUGCUCACGAUGUAACUCUCAUACCUCUGCUCAUGGCCCUCGGGAUCUUUGACCAGCGGUGGCCUCCUUACGCCGCGGAUUUGACUCUGGAACUUUACCAGCACCAGGCGUCCAAGGAAUGGUUUGCCCGUCUCAACUACAACGGGGAGGAACAAGUAGUGAGAGGAUGUGAAGCAGGACUCUGCCCGCUGGAGGAUUUCCUAAGCGCGAUCUCUGAGUUUGUCGUCAGUCCUGAAGAAUACCUCAAAGAAUGCUCUAGAACGCAGAGCGGCAACGACAGGCAGUAAUAGUACUGACGCUGUCCUCCCGACGUGCCACCAAAGUACCCCUUGUAUACCCCUCCCCCACCCCACUGCCCAGCAGCCCAGUACAGAAAGAGUUAAAAGGUAUCUUUUAUGGGAGAUUUAUGGUGAUUUAAGUCUUUUAAGUUUAAGCGCUGGACUCUCGCUCACUCGUUCUCACAGGAACACAUACAGCCUAGUACCUCACUCAGCCGUUUAGUGAACCGUCACCAGGUCGCUGCUGGAAGUCAGACCUAGAACGGGUGAUUUAAUCGAAACCAACGCGUGGAAUUGUUUUUACCGUCGCUAAAUUUGUUUGCAAACGUUUUGAAGAAAAAUAAUAAAUAGUGUUGGUUUU